AUGGACGGAUCCGCCGCGGCAGAGCUGGAGAGGGCGGAGCGGGUGGUGAUGCGGUGGGACUCCACGGCGUCCGCGUCCACGGGGGGCGGGGAGGACCAGAUGCUGUUCGACGGCGGCGGGGACCGGGCGGAGGCGGAGCGGUUCCUGCAGGCGGUGGACGACCUGCACCGCCUGGCGCCGCCGUCCCCCGGCACCGGCACCGGCAGCGCCAGCCCGCCGCGCCGCAGCUCCUCGGCGGGCGGCGGCUCCAGCGGCGCCGUGCAGGUGGCGAUGGCGCGGCUGGAGGACGAGUUCCGGCACGUGCUCUCGACCCGCGCGGUCGACCUGGAGAUCGAGGUGCUGGCCGACCUCACCUCCUCCCUCUCCAUGACCAGCGACCGGACCAGCUUCUCCGCCGAGUCGACGGCCGCCGCCGACAGGGAGCCCGCGCCGGCGGCGCGGGGGGCCGACGACGACGACGAGAACUCCAACUCCCGGUCCUCCUGCGUCGGCCGCCGCAGCAGCUACCGCUCCAUGACCAGCAUCCGCGAGAUCGACCUCUUCCCGGCCGACGCCAUCUCCGACCUCGCCGCCAUCGCCGCCCGCAUGGCCGCCGCGGGGUACGGCCGCGAGUGCGUCCAGGUCUACGCCUCCGUCCGCAAGCCCGCCGUCGACUCCGCGCUCCGCCGCCUCGGCGUCGAGAAGCUCACCAUCGGGGAGGUCCAGCGACUCGAGUGGGGCGUGGUCCAGCCCAAGAUCCGCACCUGGAUCCGCGCCGCCCGCGCCAUCGUCCGCGGCGUAUUCGCCAGCGAGCGCCGCCUCUGCUUCCUCGUCUUCCACGGCCUCCAACUCUCCUCCAAUCCCACCACCACCACCGCCCCCGCUCCCACCACCACCCCAUCCGCCCCCUUCACCGAGACCGUCAAGGGCGCCGCGCUGCAGCUCUUCGGCUUCGCCGAGGCCAUCAGCAUCGGCCGCCGCUCGCCCGAGAAGCUCUUCAAGAUCAUCGACCUGCACGACGCGGUCUCCGAUCUGCUGCCCGACGUCUCCGACAUCUUCGCCGCCUCCAAGGCGGGGGAGUCGAUAUGCGUGCAGGCCGCCGAGAUCAGGACGCGCCUGGCCGACGCCGUGCGCGGGAUACUCUCCGAGUUCGAGAACGCCGUGUUCCGCGACCUCACCAAAACUCCGGUGCCCGGCGGCAUGCUCCACCCCCUCACACGCUACGUGAUGAACUACAUCAUCCUCAUUUCAGACUACAGGGCCACGCUUUCUCAGCUCAUCCUGGCACGGCCAUCAGCUAGCUCGCGUGUUGCGGCCGAGGGCAAUGAUCUCACACCGGCAUUUCCUGAUCUCGACCUCGCUGAUCCUGACAGCCAGUUGCCGCUUGCUACUCAUCUUAUAUGGAUUAUCGUGCUUCUUGAGCACAACCUUGAAGCCAAAGCGUCGCUCUACAAGGAUGUGGCGCUCUACCACUUGUUCCUGAUGAACAAUGUGCACUAUAUUGUGCACAAGAUAAAGGACUCGCCUGAGCUCUGGGCGCUUAUCGGGGAUGUGUACUUGAAGCAGCUCACAGGUAAGUUCCGGUUGGCAGCCACGGCGUACCAGCGCAGUGCUUGGCUUAAGAUCCUGAAUUGUCUGAGAGACGAGGGUCUCCAUGUCAGCGGUGGCUUCUCAUCAGGGAUAUCCAAAUCAGCGCUUCGGGAGCGGUUCAAGUCUUUCAAUGCUGCGUUCGAGGAGGCGCAUAGGAUCCAGUCUGGGUGGCAUGUGCCCGACAAGCAGCUGAGAGAAGAGCUCAGGAUCUCAAUAGCAGAGAAGCUUCUCCCAGCAUACAGAUCUUUCCUUGGUCGCUUCCGGCACCAUAUAGAGAAUGGGAAGCACCCAGAGCUGUACAUCAAAUACUCAGUUGAUGACCUAGAGAUAUCGGUGUCAGAUUUCUUCGAGGGCUCUCCUCCUCCGCCCAAUAGCAGGAGGAGGUCCCAUGGAUGAGCGAUGGCUUGAAGGCCUCCAAUAGUUGUGUCACUUGGCUAACUGUUGUUGCUGAGUAUUCUUUAUUCUUCGGGGAUAAAGUCGGUAUAUUUUGGUUCUCCCCUGAACUUAAGGGUGUAGUUGGUGAUGAUUUCUUCUACUAGAGGUAAUCUGAAACAGAAGCAGGUUCGUAUUGAAGCUGUCGAAAGCCUCGGUGGGUUUUCCUCAGAUGACGAGCUUGUUCGUUUGUUACAUUAUGUUUGUAUAUUUUGUUUGGUAGCAUGUUCAUAUAGGAAUAUUUUUGUAGUAUAAUGCUGCAUAGUUGUAACUUGUAAUAUCCUGGUGUUCCGGUUGAUCACCAUUAUAUAUGACCUUUAGUUUAGUAUAUCCUGCUGUCUUUCUGGUUGAUCACAUUAUAUAUGAGUAAUGAUUUUGGUAGAUUAGAUGUAAAAUCAACUGUGCUAGGGAGUACUGU